GUGAGAGAAAAAUAACACGCAGAGGGUUUUGGGGUAUUUGAGCCUUCUUGUUCAUACCAGCUGUAUGGUUCGAACCACUUUCCCAUUUACUUGCAUUUUCGAUUUCAAUUCUGGCGGGUCAUGUCAGUUUACGAACUUCCUGUCCACAGGAAUCUUCUGCAUUGCUCCUACGCUAAUAGCAUUGCAUCUGUCCCAGUUGGUAACUCUCAAUUUUGGCCGCUUUAUGCCAUCAGACUCCUUAGCCAUCAGUCAUCUAGUACAAAUAUCUGUCCUGAUGAAGUGAAAGUGGGGGAUGAAGUCUUGAAUCAGAUUAUUGCUCCAAGGGAAAAUGCCUCAAGGUGUAGCCAUGAGACCUUUGAUGCUUGCAUUGAUAAGAUGUGUCGAAUUGGACAUCUUGCAGCUGCUGCUCAAUUACUUAAAUCAUUGUGCGAUGGGAAAAUACCUCUUAGCUCCUCCAAGGCAUAUGAUAUGGUUUUGCUUGCAGCAAGUGAAAGCGGAGACACCACCCUUUUAUUUCAAGUUUUUAAAGAUUCCCUGGUUUCCUGUAAAUCAUUGAGUUCGACCUCUUACAAGAGUUUUGCCAACGCCUUUACCAGGACAAAUGAUAGUAACAAGCUACUGGAAUAUGUCAAAGAAAUAAUUGAGAUGACCUUUCCAAACUGCAUAGUUAUAAACAGAAUUAUCUUUGCCUUCUCCAAAUGUAGGGAGAUUGAUAAAGCCCUUCAGAUAUUUAAUCAGAUGAAGCUUCUGUCAUGCAGACCAGAUUUGUAUACGUACAACAUCAUUUUGGAUAUGCUAGGUCGUGCAGGUCGCGUGGAUGAAAUUCUUCAUUUAUUUGUUUCCAUGAAAGAAGAUGGCAUUGCCCCAGAUAUCGUGUCCUAUAAUACAUUGAUAAAUAGUUUUAGGAAGGUGGGUAGACUAGAUAUGUGCUUGGUGUACUUCAAGGAAAUGGUUGCAGUGAGAAUUGAACCCGAUUUGCUUACUUAUACAGCUUUGAUAGAGAGUUUUGGUCGAUCUGGAAACAUCGAGGAAGCUUGGACACUCCUCAGGGAGAUGAAGCUUAAGAAUAUCUGUCCUUCAAGCUAUAUCUACAAGUCCCUUAUCGGAAAUUCAAUGAAGAUGGGGAAGGUGGAAUUGGCUAUGAACCUUCUCAAGGAAAUGAAAUUAAGUGAUUCAAAACUUGCUGGUCCAAAGGAUUUCAAACGAAGAAAAAGUUAACCAAUUACAAGGUUUCUUAGUGACUUUGAGGCUGAUAAACCUGUGAAUGGCAUGGCUUUAGUCUUCAAACUGAGAUCUGCCAGAGUGACUCCAUCUACAGUUUGGUCAGAUCGGAAGGUCCCCGAACUGUGAUGCCGAAGAGAAGAUAGCUCAAACAGAGGACACUCUCUUGGAAGUUAUGUACUUAAAAUGUUGGUAAUAUAUGAUGAUCGCUAAUUGGGAGCAGAUAUAGGGCUAUUCGGACGAGUUGAAAUUUAAGGACCGACGUGAUGAAGAUGAGGAAUUGAUCGAUUAUUUGGAAGAAUCGCUAGGUAGCUUUGAGAGAGCUGUAAAGAAAAUGGGAAUGCAACGGUUUCCUUGAACAAUGGAUAAUCUUGAUUCUGUUUCCUUUGCAAUAGAAAAUAGCAAAGGAGAGCCAACUCAUCAGAUUCAAUUUCUGUUUUCUUGAAGCCAAACCUUUCUUGAAGGAAAUUCCAUGUGAAUCUUUUGAUGGUUUCUACUUCAGUUCUGCCAUUUGAAUUGAUUUCCAACUUUUACAUCCAAGAAUUUCCUCUGCAGUCUUUCUUUUCACUUAUAUAUUCUUUGGCUACAAUUGGAAUAUAGAAUUUUCUUUCGACUGUUAAAAGGCAUAUUUGUAACCGUGGGAACGGUCGCUUUCAAGCUGGAAAUGUCGACAUUGAUAGAUAUUUUUUUGUAAA